GUGUAGUUUAGUAGCUAUGGUAUGAAACCUCUAUGUUAGUUAAUGUACUAUUAUUCUGUGGUAGUCAUGUCAUAAAUCGCAUAGGGUGAAGUUGUUUGUUCUGAUUUUCUUUAUUUUCAAAUGUUAUCAGAAUUUUAUGUUUUUCGUAUUAUUUCACUUCUAUUUUUAAUUUUAAAGUAGGAUUCUAUAAACGCAAUAUGUAUUGAGGAAAAUAGUGUUUCUUUGUGAAUAUAUGUAUAUGUGUUUGUGUUUUUAUUAUUUCGACAUAAAAUGAAGGUGGACACACUGUGGAGGCGACGAGCUGCUGUAAACGUCGCAGAUGGCAGCGGUUACCUCUUAGUGUUCGUGUACGCAUGGGUGUUGAGUGUAGGCCUCGGGGCGGAGCCCCUGGGCCCCUCGGACAGGCCAGAGGCCUACUUUAACGGCAGCUCUUACAUCCACCUCUCGCGACCUAUCUCACUCAAGCAGCUCGUAGGACUUAGCUUUCGGACUUGUGUUGGUGGUGAAUUAUUUUCCCAACGUUUCGAGCGGUACACGUUGCACGUAGUCGCCCUGUAUGAGCAAGUGGUCGUGUCGUGGACGCUGGGCGCGCAGUCCACGCGGGAGGUGGGCCUGCCCAAGGAGACGCUCGACAACCGCUGGCACUGGGUCGCGCUGCGGUACCGACCCAAUCCACCCGCACUGCUGCUAGAGGUCGACAAUCACACGCAGGUGAUAGCGAACGUGACGUGGAACCCGGAGCUGCUGUCGGCGGGCGCGCUGGAGGCGGGCGGCGCGGUGGUGCUGGUGGGCAACCUGUUCAGCGGCUGCAUCCACGAGGGGCCGCAGCUCGAGUUCCACGCGCACAGCGUGCACGCGCACAACGUGCUCUUCGCGCACUGCCCGCUCACCACCGACGAGUGUCAGUCUACCCACAGUGUGCAAAUUAUUUAACUGAUCAAUUAUAAGAGAUAACACUCUUGUAUUUUUAACAAUUCCGUUUUGUAACAGGUAAAGACAGAGUGGACGUCCUGAGAAUUCCGCCCAAAGAUCAUUGUUACAACGAACCCUGUAUGCGACACGGCACGUGCAUUUCGAGACACGACAGAUACGAGUGCCACUGCACGGCGCGGUACACCGGCAACAACUGCGAGGUGGACGCGGGCGACCCGUGCCGCUCCGCCCCCUGCGCCCACGGGGGCAGCUGCCGCGAGACGCCCCGCGGCGACUACCUGUGCCACUGCCCGCCCGCCUACCACGGUAACCGGCCACGACCGCUAUCAAUCGGUCUACUGUGCAUCAGUUGUCAUACCGUCUAAUCAGAUGGAAGUAGUUCUAAUGUGUGUUGAUACAACGUGCGCAGGGGCACAUUGCGAGCUGGAGGUGUCUAUGGAGCCCGAGUGCGUGGCGGCGCCGUGCCACAACAACGGCAGCUGCAGCGUCCCGCCCGGCGCCGGGCACUACGUGUGCGCCUGUCCAGCGGGUACUGUCGCACACCUAUACACGUCCCGUACUCGGCACUCGGCACUCUACUAGUGCACACAGGGCUAUUUGUAAAACAAACACUCAUAACUUUGCAGAAACCUUAAAAAAACCAUGAUCGUUACACGAGUUUUGAUAUUUAAUUACAUUUUAUUCUCAUACAAAAUAAAAUUUAUUCUAAUAUACUAUCGUACUAUCUAUUGUAGUAAAUGUACUGGUACCUCACGAAGCAUACGAGCGUAGCUUCGUCUUUUAUUUAUCUAUUUAAACUUUAUUGCCACAAAUAAAAUGUACAAAUGACAGAUUUAAUGUAAUGUAAAUAACAUAAAACAUAUGUUUGCGAAUAACCCUGUAUAUGACUGUGUGUAAUAAUGUGUGCAUGUAUGUGUUGGGUUGCCCAGGGUUCACCGGUCGUCAGUGCGAGAGUGAGAUAGACGAAUGUGCCGAAGCGGGACCGCACGCGUGUCUAAACAACGGACGGUGUAUAGACGCCGUCAAUAACUACACCUGCGACUGUACAGAUACAGGUAUGAUUAUACUACGAUAUUAACAUAUUUCUACCUAUUAAUAAUAGAUACAUUUCGCUCAGAUGAUAG